CUGCAGGUGGAGAGCGGCGGUCAGACCUUCACCGUUGAAGCUGAGCAGCUUAUUCUCAGCGCCGGUGCGGUCGGCUCGCCCCACCUGUUGCUGCUCUCCGGCGUAGGCCCGGCCGGGCAACUGGAGAACCUGGGCGUUCCGGUGGUUCAGGACCUCGCGGGCGUGGGGCGGAACCUGAAAGACCACCCGAAGGUGUACGUUACCUGGGAAGUCGGAGACGGGUUUGUUACUCCAUCGAACCGGGGGGCCGGCGGCGCGGCGCUGCGGCUAACCGCUCCCGGCUCCCAUCUGAGAAACGAUCUGGGAAUCAGUCUUUCCGCCCUGGUCGCGCCCCGGGUCAAGGGAACCGCGCCGGCGCCCCAGGCUCAAUGGCCACGGGCUGAGGGGGAGGACGCCGCCAGCCGGCACAUUGAAAUGAUGGUCGCCCUGCUGCUGCCCGAAAGCCGGGGGGAACUGACGCUAACCUCGUCCGACUACCGGGUGCAGCCGGCCAUGCACUACAAUUACCUGGCCGAACCCUUUGACAGAGCGCGGCUGAGGGCCGGCGUUUAUCUGGCCCUGGAUCUGGCCGGGCGACACGAACUGGCCCCACUUUUGGGGAAUCGUAUUGAACCCGAGGACGACGACCUGGCGAGCGACGACGCGUUGGACCAAUGGCUUCUGAGGGAAGCGACUACCUACUCCCACAUUUCCUGCACUUGCAAAAUGGGACCGUCCGAAGACCCUCUGGCCGUAGUCAAUCAAUAUGGGGAAGUGCAUGGCAUGGAAGGGUUGCGCAUCGUUGAUGCGUCGAUCAUGCCCGACCUGGUACGCGCUCCCAUCAACCCGGCGGUGAUAAUGGUGGCGGAACGGGUAGCGUACUUUGUCCAGGCCAGCCGGUAA